UAACGCCAACGACGACAACCUGGAAAGGAUGGCCUUUGCCAAGCAACUGGCCGAUCUCACCGGCCUCGACGUUGAGACUGCCCAAUCGCAGCUCAUUCCCUUUCUCGAGACGUUCAAGGAUCGACAGCCUUUGAUCAAUCACCUGCAGGAUCUCCUCGGUCCCGGCGCUGCACAGCGUGGCUUCAUCGACUCCUAUACGUCGCACCGCUUUCCCGCUCCGGCGUCAACUUUCGUCCCUGCUCCGGCCGGCUCGAACACGGCCGCGCCUGACACUUCGAGACCCGCUUCGCCGUUGCCCUCACUCAACAAGAAAGCAGCUGGUAAGAAGACUACCAAGGCGAAGUUUCCGACAAAGCUGCCGCCCCCAAGGAAGAUCGAGGACGACGGAGCCGCGUUCCCGGGAGGCGUGUAUCGGAAAGGACAGGAAGACGACGACGAAAAGUGGUCAUACCGACCUUCACCCAGCAGUGGUACUCCCAAAGCAGAGGCUCUGCCUCUUCCACCGGCAGAGGGAAAGUCGCACGUAGAUGCAGGUGCGAUUGCAAAUGCGACAGUGGAAGAGGAUAUGGUCGUUCAACCACCGACGAUGCCGUCGUCGUCUACUGCGGUACCAGUUCCCCUUUUUCAGGCUCACGAAAACAUCACGCCUACGCCAGAGAUGACGAGACUACAAGAGGCCAUCUCCAUCCUGACCGCACCGUCCGCAUCUGCACUCACUGGUACUUAUAGCUCGAUUCUUCCUUCAUCGCUUGAAAAGGGCAAGGGCAAGGGCAAGGAGAAACGCCUCAAGCCGUGCUUCUGCCACGCUCGCCGGCAUUCACUGCACCCGGACGUGCCGAUGUGCCCCUCGUGCGGCCUCAUCCUCUGCGUUCUGUCUUGCCCAAACACCUCGCCCCUGCUCUCUCCCCCGUGUCCCUCGUGCGCGAAGCCAUUGCUUCCAGCCAACAGCGCCGCUCGCGCACAACUCCUCGCUCGGCUCACUCAGACGCUUGAGGAGCUCGCCGAGGAGCGUCGAUCCCAGGUCGCGCGAAUCAGGGUCGAGCGCGAACGAGCCUGGCUCGAAAAGAAGGAUGAGCGCAGCGCCUUCCCUGAUCUGGCAGGCGCCGCGGCGGCGGCAGCGGCAGCGGCGGGGGGAAUGGAGGUAUCGGCUGGUGCGCGAGAUUAUCAAGCGCGGAGAAGAGAAAUGGAUCUGGCGCUGGGCAGGGCAAAGAGGAAAGAGGGCGAGGAGAGCAGGGGAGGGAGGGUUCUGAGGCUGGACAGCAAGACACACAAACUGAAGGGAGCGGGCAGCAAGAAGGGGAAAAAGAAGGGCGAUGCUGUGUCGGAAAAACUCACAGCGUCUUCGGCGAAGGGCACUGCAGACGCCAAAGCUAGCAGCACAAAGGGACUGGAGGAGGAAGAAGAGGGCAGCAACAGCGACAAAGACAGUGUCGUGUCCUACGACGAAAACGACGAUUCAGGACCCAUGCCAGAUCCAGAUGAUGAUGGAUUCCUCAUGCAUGGGGACCCGCCGUUGACGAACGCAGCAAAGAGGCAACCAGAGGGCGGGGACAGUGGACGGUGCUGGUGGGACGAUGACGAAGGCGACCAAGACAGCGGCGUAGAACUCAUUCGCUAUAUUGCCAAGGAGCAGCGACCCAUCUGGAGCAUUCAUCAUGGGCAAGACGAUGAAGACGACGAAGCAGAAGGAUACGAGGACGAAGAGCCAGAGAUCACACAUAAGAAGACAAGCGUUCCGGGUGCCGCCAAGUAGGGUACAGAAUCUUACAUCUUCACCUUUGAAUUCGGGCAUCAAUUGAGGGUUUGAAAGGGGAAUCUUCGUACAGAGAGGAAAAGACAGAGACAGGAGAAAAGAGGGGAGACGAGACGAUUGAAAGCAAGAGACCAUCUCAAUUUGAAGACUAUCAAUGCUACUCCUGCUGCAACGGCUUGCGACCCUCGCUGACUGCCUUUUGGACAUUGGCACGGUGCGAGCGAUUCUUGAGAUGGAUCUCAAAGUUGGUCAGCGUCUCGCCCGGGCCCGGCGUGUAGAGCUUGCCAGGGCAGUCGAGGCAUCGGACCCUCCAUUCGGGCGUGGCAGGCGCGGGUGUGCCCGCGGGCCUCGGCCGCAGCUGGACUUCGAAACGGUCCAGAGGGAAAC